AUGGCGACCGAGUUGAAGAACAUUCGCAUCAAGACGGGCGUUAUUGCACAAGGAGUGUCGGAAGCCGAAGACCAGCAGCGAAAGGUGGAUCAGAUGCGCCAAGCUGAUCCGACAGAUUACAACAUUAAGAAGCAGGUCGAAAUUCUGGACGAGGCAAAAGCCAUGAUUGCAGACUCACAGCAGAGAUUCGAGACGGCUUUUUCAGAGUUCAAAGCGCUGCUGUCUGUCCAUGCGUCUGUCCAUGCGCAACUGGCCGACACGGACGAAUUUCGGCAAGCGCAGAAAGUGCUCAAUGAUGUUCAAGCAUCCUCGUGA